UUACUGAUUCUAACGACGUUGCCAUGUUCCAUGAGAAAGUGAACAACAAUUUUCAUGGUUAUUAACAAGCCACGCUUCUUCAACAUUUUUCAGUUCAAGCUUUGAUUUGAUGCAGUUGUCGACCCAGAACUCUUUCAUGGCAUCGUCACGCGCCACGCGAGUCUUAUCACUCACCCGAAGGCCCUUUUCUUCUUCUUCUCUAAAAUUUGAUGCUGGGGUUUCCAUGGUUCAGGGAGCUUCCAGAGGAAUCGGCCUUGAAUUUGUAAAACAGCUGCUAGAGAAAAAUGAUAAAGGGCAUGUUGUUGCUACUUGCCGAAAUCCUGAUGCUUCAACAGGUCUUGCCCACCUCAAACAUAAAUUUCCUGAUCGUCUCAAACUUUUGCCCUUGGAUUUGACUCUUGAAACUUCAAUUCAGGCAUCUGCAUCGUCAGUUAAAGAGACAUACGGCCAUCUAAACCUUCUCGUUAAUGCGUCUGGCAUUCUUUCCAUACCUCAAGUAUUACAACCAGAGACAUCACUCAACAAAUUGGAAAAAUCAGCCUUGAUGCUUACGUAUGAGAUCAACGCAGUCGGUCCUAUCUUAGUUAUCAAGCACAUGUGGCCUCUUCUAAAAGUUGGAGGUGGCUUUGGCACUGAAAGAAGUACUGCAGUGGUGGCCAGUUUGAGUGCAAGGGUUGGAUCUAUUGGGGACAAUCAUCUUGGUGGUUGGCACUCGUAUCGAUCUUCAAAGACUGCACUCAAUCAAUUGUCGAAGACGGCUGCGGUUGAAUUUGCAAGAAAAAAGGAUCCAAUUGUCUGCAUUUUGCUGCAUCCUGGCACAGUUGACACCGAUCUCUCGAAGCCAUUUCAGAAGAAUGUUCCAAAAGAGAAGCUCUUCAGCAAAGAGUUCUCAGUGCAAAAGCUGCUAAGCAUCAUUGACAAUGUCAAGAGUAAUGACAAUGGCAAGUUCUUUGCUUGGGAUGGCCAAGAAAUUCCUUGGUAACCCAUAUCAAAUUUUUUUUUUAAAGAUUUAUUUAAGUAUAAGAUGUAAUAAUGAUAUCAGUGACUAGUGUUGAAUUCAUUGAUUCAUUGAUUAUUCCUGAACAUAUGCUUUUGGUGAAUAUCAAUAACACUCUUCUUGUUUCACAAUCGUAUAAUGCACUUGGUUCAUUGUUUCA